AUGAAGAAAAUAAAUCCUGCGUUCUUAGCAUUAUCGGAGACCAGAUUGAUCGAGGAUAUUGAAGACAAUGAAGUGAACGUUUCUGGUUAUAAUAUGACUAGAUGUAAUGCUGAGAAUAGAAAUACAGGAGGCGUUGUUCUAUAUGUAAGGAAUGAUAUUAUUUACGAGACGGUGUUAGUACAAAAAUUAGAAUCGAAUUGUUGGUGUGUCGCGGUAGAAGUGAAAGAUAAAUUAUAUAAAGGAGUGAUAAUGGUAAUAUAUCACUCACCAAGCGCAUCGCACGGGGAUUUCAUGAGAUUUUUCGAGGAUAUAGUAGAGGAGUUAGUAAUAAAGGGUGAAUGCAUGGUAAUAGGAGAUUUUAAUAUAGAUCUUAUGACGGACUCGUUUUAUGCGAAGAAAUUGCAAACGGCAAUGUUAAGCUUGGGUAUGAAACAGUAUGUUAACGAACCGACGAGAAUCACGAAAGAUAGUCAAACAAUUAUAGAUCUAAUCUUCGCUAAUAGUAAUAAAAGAGUGCAAGUAAUUCAUGAACCCAAAAUUACGGACCACGCGUGGCUGGAAGUUGAGUUGAGUGUGAAUAAAAUUGAAAGUAAAUAUAGAGAAUUUAGCGUUAGGAAUUACAAAGAGUUUGAUGAAGGUGAAUUUGUUAUGUUAGUAAAAAAUAAAUUACAGGAAAGCCAGGGAUGGCAGUGUGUACGUAUGGGUGUGAGUGAGAGAGCAGAAAAAUUUGUCAAUAGUAUAGUAAAUGCAUUAGAUGUAAUGGCACCGAAGAGGAAAAUUAGAAUUCCGAAAAUAUGGGAAAGGAAAAAAUGGUUCUCAGAUGUAAUAAGAGAGGCUGCGGAUAAAAGGGAUGAGGCAUUUAGGCAAGCAGUGUACGCCGAUACAGAACAAAGCUGGUUGCAAUUUAAAAUUAAUAGGAAUGCAGUAGUAAAACUAAUCAGGACGAAAAAGAAAGAAUAUUAUGAAAAUAUGAUAGAUUUUAAUAAGGAAAAUCCUGCGACUAUGUGGAAAACUUUAAAAGAAAUUAUUAGAGGCGAGCCAGGAAUCACGGUAGAGCAUUUAGAGAAAAUUAUUAAAGGACUGCCAAAUAAGAAAGGCACGGAAGAGGAAAUAACUAGUAAUAUAUUAAAAGCAACGUUUUGCGUAAUAAAAGAGGAAUUUGUUGAUAUAAUAAAUAACUCCCUGAGAGAUGGUUGCUGUCCAGAAAGUUGGAAAACGUCUACAAUAAUACCGAUUCCAAAAGUAGAUAAAGCCAAGAAGGCGAGUGAAUUUAGGCCUAUUAAUGUGUUACCUAUAUUUGAGAAAGUGUUAGAAUUGGUAGUAAAAGAGCAAAUUGAAAGGUAUUUGGAAAAUAAUAGUAUUAUAACUGAACAUCAAUCGGGCUUUAGGAAACACUAUUCAUAUGAAACAGCGAUUCAGACUAUUGUUGACGAAUGGAAACUGAUAGUCAGUGAAAGGAGAAUG